AUGCUUCCUUCUCCAUCUGGCGUUAUCAUAGACAUAAGUCAGAGCCCUGAUGGAAAAGAAACUUCUAAGAUAUAUGGAGGUCUUAAUGGCCAGGAUAUUAAAUUAGGAAGGUCAGAGGAUCCUAAAGAUUCUGGCUUUUGGAAGUUCAAACAUGUCAAGAAUGGUGGAAAACCUUUCAAGAUUGCUAAUGUUACAUACAAAGACAAUGAGAGCAUCCAGCUCAGCGAACUGCAAAUUAAUGAUCAUGAUGACAUUAAACAUCUAGCAGUCUGGUACUGGAACAAUGACCCAGAUCUAGGUGCCCCUCUACUAAUAGAGAUAUUCAAAAAUGGACUUUACACUUAUCACUACAACAAGGGUAAUAACGAAUGGCGACCACUUCCCGAAAAUCCAUAUUCUAAGACUCCGCUCUCCGGCAAACCCCUCGAGGCUCAACUGGAAUAUCUCAACUGCCAACAUUAUAAAUCGGUAAUUUUGGAUCUUAGCAAGAAUAUAUCUGAAGGGACAAGGGCGUAUUGUUGCGUUUACCAUAAUACUAGACAUAAGGUUACAGUUAGCAAGGAUUUUGUUACUGUUGAUUCUUCAUCCCUUCCAUUCUACAAACAUCACAUUGGCGUCGGAACUACACUUUCUGGUAUAAAAUACUACCUAAAUGGAGAGACUAAUGACAAGAGGGGUGUAAAAUUAAGUGGAUACCCGUUUCCCAUUCCUGAUGUCAAAGCCGUAUAUGCGGUUUACUGCAAAGAUGGUGCUCCAAAACUUUUAUACAUAGAAAAGACCAGAGGCACAGGUUGGUUCAAGCAAAAUACUAGUGAUAUUUGGAUAGAAGUCUUGGACGGAGUUCCUGGUCCAGAUAAAACCGGAAAAGGUGGCAGUAGUGACGGCUUUAAACAACUUGUUGGCGCACUAAAUGACGCUGGUUGUCUAAGCCAUCAACCUUUGUCUCCCCAAACUUCUUCAUCUGGUGUUACUAUUAACAUAAAGCAGCAUACCGCUAAACCUGGAAGUACUAUAUAUCCUUCUGGCUCUGGUUUCUGGAAGUUCAUUCAUAUAAAGAACAGUCCUGGAGACCAGUCUUUUGAGGUGGAGAAAGUAAUAUUUGGAGACAAUAGUAAGGAUAUUACGAGAGAGAUAGGGAUUAGUCCGAAUGAUAAAAUUACGCAGCUGUCAGUCUGGUACUGGAAGGGAGACCAGGGAAUGACAAAUCCCUUACUUGUAGAGGUACUCAAAGAUGGAAAGUAUACAUACACAUCUAACAAGGGAGGUGGUGGUAAUAACUUAACUUGGCAACAACUUCCUAGAAGAGAUAGUGAGAGUUAUCCACUCCAAGGUGAAGCCCUUGAACAAGAACUUGAUAACCUGAACUGUUACAACAACAAUGGUGUUACCAUUGAUUUAUCAUACAGUAAAUCUACACCGGGAAGAAGCUACUGCUGUUACAAACAUGAACAUGAAAAGCGGAAUCAAGGGAAGGUUACUGUUACUGUUGAGAAAGUUUCUUGCACAUCCCACAUCUCAAGUUCUCUUACAUACUACAAACAUGAAGCUAAUGCUGGUAAAUGGAAGGUAGCCGCUAUCAAGUACAAUGAUAGCAAAGGUGAUAGGAAGAGAAUAACCGCUAAAGACCUACAGUUUCCCAUAUAUGGUCCGGCUAGUAUUAGUGUCUUCUACUGCCAAAGGAAACCAGUACUCAUACAUGUCGAAAGCAAUGGAAACCCUAGGGUCAAAAGUUGGUACAAGCAAAGGGAUGGUGAUACAUGGGAAGAAACUUUGAAUGGAGCUCCUAAUCCGGACGAAAUUGACGAUGGCUUUAAACAACUUGUGGAGGAACUAAGGAGUGUUGGCUGUCGAAACCUGAAAACACAUGCUGAACCUUCUAAACCCUCAUCUCGACCAGGUAUUGAUAGUGAUCCUGGACUUAGAGGGCCUAAAGGUGAAAAGGAUCCACAAACUAUUACCUAUCCUGCUAUUCCUACUCCUGAAGUUAGACAAGAAGCUUCUCCUGGUUCUUCUGAAGUUCCUCAAACUCCUCAUAAACCCGCUGUUAAAGAAACUGCUUCUGGAGAUACUACUCCGACUCCACAAAAUCCUACUCCAUCCAUAUCUAAUCCUCAUGAUGGAGCUAUAAACCCUGAAGAUCAAGGUAAAACUGCUAAAGAUACCACUGAUUCCGCUUCUUCUCCUAAUCUCAAGAACAAGUUGCUAGACCUUCUGGACUACAAAAUCCUAUUCUUGCUCUUGAUUCUUCUGUUGCUCCUGAUGUUAGCAGUAAGGAGACGGAGGAGGAAAAAGUACCUUAAUCUGCUCCUAAAACUACUGGUUCUGUUAAUGUUGAUACUUUUGUUAAUGUUAAACCUGAACCUGGAGGAUACCUUGGUGAAGAACUCCCUAAAGUAG